AAAUCGACUGGUGUGACGGUCAGAGUCACAGCUGCAGCCAGUGACAGGGUGACCCCUGCUUGUGACAAGAGUGCUUCAGUGAUUGUAAUCACACAAGAAGCCCCUACAUCCUGCAAUUGAUGAUGAUGCACCACCUCCAUCUCUUUCUAUUCACCAUCUUUCCCAUGCUACUCUCUGCCUCACACGCUUCCACACCAACACCGCAGCAACCAGUGGCAGUCUACGAUGGCACGUGUGAACUGAGCGCAUGUGACGUGCUACACACGGUGCGGCGAGAGGCAAGCGAAAUGGCACAGCAGAGAGGCAAGUGGCAAGAGGAUGAUGACUCCUUGGAAUGGAGGAUGCAACGGCUGGAGAGACGGUUGAGGUCUGUUGAACAACCAGUUUGGACCCGCACAGACGAGGUAGAUCGUUGGUAUCGCUGUUGCGAGGGGCCUUGCCGCUGUAGACCCGAGACCUUGGCUCUCAGCUGUUGGAGGCUGGAAUUGGUCGAACUGCCCUCACAGCAAGUUGUGCCUAACGAUAUUCGUUCAAUAGAUUUAGGUAUCAAUCAGAUUCGAUCACUCAACAAGGACGCGUUUGAAGGAUUGGAGAAACUGAACGAACUAGAUUUAUUCGACAACCAGAUAGACUUCCUGCCUGCUGUGAUAUUUGAUAACCUGGAAGGAUUUGGUCACAGGAGACUCCACAGAAAUCGGAUAGAAGAACUGCAUCCUAAACAGUUCCACAAAUUGGUCAAUUUGGAAAUACUUGACCUCUCGACCAACUCCAUUCGUCAGCUGUUCAACGACCAAUUCGAGGGAACUCCUCGCCUGCAGCUGCUAAUCAUCUCGGGAAAUUCCCUCGAAGAGCUGCCAGCCAACGUGUUCCGCCAUCUUGGAAAACUGGAGGAACUCGACCUGUCGGGCAAUAUUCUGGCCGAUGUUCCACCGGGCACUUUCCACGGACUAGUCAGCCUCAAACGCCUCAAGAUCUCUGAGAACCGCAUCAAGCAGUUGCCCCCUGAUGUGUUCCGUGACCUGAGAUACCUGGAUUACUUAUCUUUGAGACGCAACCAGCUGACAUUUCUGAGACCUGGACUAUUUGACAGUCUCAGACACCUCACGUUCCUCGAGCUGACUGGAAACUGGAUAUCUACGCUCGGAGGCCAGGAGUUCACAAGCCUACUGUCGGUUCGCGAACUGCACCUGGAACAGAACUACAUUGAACGCCUUCCCGAGGGCGUUUUCCGGGCGUGCAGUCAGCUUGAGAAGCUGUACCUGUUCAGCAACAACGUGCACCGGUUGGAUGCCGGUGUGUUUGUCGGCCUACACAACCUCAGCACUCUGCUACUAAACAACAAUGUAAUAACAAGCAUGGGCCACACUGUCUUCGAGCCACUACGCAAUCUCAGGAAAUUACAACUGGAUAGCAACAAAUUCCAGUUCCUACCAGCUGACUGCUUGAGUUUCCUGCCGAAUCUUGUGUCCAUGAAGCUGGCGAAAAACCCCUGGCAUUGUGACUGCAAUAUACUCUAUCUAGCCAAUUGGUUGAGGAAUAACAGUGCUAUAGUUUGGGACUCUACGCCCACCUGCAGGGGGCCAGGUGACCUUGGGGGCAAGCCCCUUGACCAGAUGACCUUCGAUGACCUCUGCGACGGCCAAUGGGCCAGUAUGACAAGGCUCACCCCUCGCAUUCCUGUCAAGUAA